AAACGGUGAAGAAGCUUUUAGUUUCUACUUUUAUAUGAAUGCUCUCACUUUCAAUAUUGACCAACCAUAGAAGCUUUCACCUCAUGGCGGGUUGACUCACGAACGCCAUCACGUUUUUGUAUAGAUACAUUGGUCAUCUAGAUAGUACACAAUACUAUCAUGUUACAAAAAAAAAAAAAAACACCAAACACAAUACUAUCGAUGUGGCUGACUAUUUACACGUAAAACAAGCUUAUUGAUUAUUUUCACGUCCCUUUUUCAGCUUUUUCAAGUUCUAUGACAAAGUAUAAGAUCAUUAUGGCAUUUAUACUUAUGGCAUGAUUAACCCCGGUCUCUUAGCCGGAGUUCUUAACAUACGAUUUGAUACUCUUUUUUUUUAUAUAUAUUUUUCAGCUAAGAGACGGCUCUUAUACCAUGAUUAACUUCAGUCUCUUAACUGGGGUUCUAAGAUUCGGGUACGAGACGGUUCUUAGCAUUUUUUAGAUUUUAACUAAGAAAAACUAAAAACCGUCUCUUAAAUAAGAGAUAUAAAGGCAUGAUUAUUGGGGGUCCUUGCUCUUGGGUCUUUAAUACACAUAUAUUUGUAUAUAUAUUAUAUAUGCGUAUAUAAUUACGGGCUAAGGACUUUACGGAAACCCAAACCGAAAGUUCCUUAAUAAUCAUGCUCUAAAAGCCGUCUCUUAGCUCGAAAAGUGUAAAAAAAAAAUGUCAAAUCAUGAGUUAAGAACUCCGGCUAAGAGACCGGGUUUAAUCAUGUUUUUAUAUCUCUUAUUUAAGAGACGGUUCUUAACUUUUCUUAAUUAAAAUCUAAAAAAAGGUAAAAACCGUCUCUUUGCAGAAGUUAAGUAUCCCAGUUAAGUUAAGAGAUUGGGGUUAACGAUAGUCUUAUAAAGCAUUAUAAAGCAGGGACGACAUAUAAUAUUAAAUUCAGACAACAACUUUAACACAACUCAAUACAAACUGAAAAAAAAAACCGUUUAAACAGAAAAUGGCGCGUGCGGGAGAGACAUCAGAGAACGAUUACAAAUGGAUGUUUCGGUGAUUUGCUAUGUUAAGGAUGUAACAGAGAAUCGAUUUUGGUAUUGACGAAAAAGCUGUACACAGGGAAGAGAGAGAAACCAUUUCUUUUGAAACAAACCUUAAUUAGAAACAGGGAAGAGACAAGAGUUAGGCGAGGAGGAGGAGGAGGAAAGAAGCCAAGCUACCGGCAGCAGCGAUUUGAAAUCUCCGGUUUCGUUCGCUGGCCGUGAAAACGACGACACGCGCAAGGAGAACAUGGUGAUUACGUCGUGGCCGUUGAGGUCUGAGGCUUGAGGAAGAAGAAAAAGAAGAAUAUAUAUUGUAAUGGCGGGGAAGAGAAGAGGUCAUGUCCACAAUGCUCCUUCCAACGACGAGACCAUGUUUCCUUCUCAGGAUCCUAAACCCAAGAGGAUCUACCAACUCUGGCCCGGUAACAAUAGAUUUUGUUGCGGAGGGAGACUAGUCUUUGGUCCAGAUGCAUCUUCACUUCUUCUCACCACAUCUAUGAUUGGAGCUCCUGCUCUCACUUUCUCCAUUCGAAUGGCUUUCAUGAUCACAAAGAGCUUUCCUUUGUUCCACUCUCUUAUACUAAUGGGUUCCCUUUUGCUCACUGUCUUGGAUUUCACAUUCCUCUUCUUAACGUCCUCAAGAGACCCCGGGAUCAUCCCAAGGAACAAAGAAGCACCUGAAUCAGAACCUCUUGACAUUCUCAGCAACACAAAGUUACCUAGAACCAAGGAUGUACUGGUGAAUGGCCGCACAGUCAAAGUCAAAUUCUGUGAGACUUGUUUGCUUUACCGUCCUCCACGCGCCUCUCACUGCUCAAUUUGCAACAACUGUGUCCAAAGAUUUGAUCACCACUGUCCAUGGGUGGGACAAUGCAUCGCUCUAAGAAACUAUCCAUACUUCAUUUGUUUUAUAUCAACUUCAACGCUACUAUGCUUGUACGUAUUUGUCUUCUCAUGGGUUAGCAUGCUUGAGACAACUUAUGAGAAAUUUCGGUACCGAUAUGACAAGAAAGAGAACCCUUACGGAAAGGGUCUCUUCAAGAACCUGUUUGAGGUGUUUCUUUCAAGGAUUCCCCCUCCUAUGAUUAAUUUUAGAGACUGGGCUCAAGAGGAACCUGAUGUGGAGGUUGGAUCCAUUGCAUCUGAGCUAGACAGAGCCUUUGGACCAAGGGGAGAUAAGCAUGAUAUGGAAAUGGAAAUAGGCGAUUUGCGUCUCAAGACACUUGAGUAUGAUGACAACAAGAACAACGCCAUCGAAGAAACUGUCAAGAAGAAAAGGGACAGCGUUGAUGUGAGAUCGGGCUAGGACAAAAAAUGCCUGAUUACUUGUUGUAAACUACUCUUAAUUCUAAAGCCAUACACUUUUGUCUUCAAACGAGUAUACUUUCAGGUUCAGAGAAAAAUGUAGGAGAAGAAUCAAAUAUAUAGUCUAACGUAGUCACUGCAUGGUCGUUUCUUGCUUUAUACGAUUCUUCAAAACAGUUUCUUGAUUGUCCUUCACUCACCAGACAUACUAUAUCAUUAAAUUAUCUAUUCUAUUUAUAAAAUCUAUCAAUCUAGUUGACGAAACCAUUCAUUUUGUUGGAGAAAACAAUACUUGCUCUAUAUGAUUACGAAGCGUGAACUGGGAUCCAUAUUGUACUUCAACAAACUAUGGUAUAUAACAAUAUAUGUCUUGGUAGCAUCCAUCAACCAUUUCCAGGUAUUUUAACCUUUGUGAUUUGCCUUGACGUUUCUUAGAGGAUAUUGAACUUAAGUAAUGGUAGUGAAAUAUUCUUAUUGGUUUGUCAAUGUGGUUGUUAUGGAUUAAUAAGAGUGUGAGUUGACAGAGAGGCAUUGAUAAAGGCCCUGUUCGGAACUACGCUAGGCGCUAGUCGGGCGGCAACACCGGGCCUAGCGAGUUACCGAAAAAUCGGAGAUUACGCGGGGAUUAAUCGGGGCCUAGGUUUAGGGUUUUUAUAUCGUUUAUAUACUAUAUGUCGAUAGCUUUGGUACUAAAUGUCAUUAUAUAACUUGGUCCAGCGGUUAGAAGAUAUUAAUCAUAUGGUCUUGACCCGGGUUCGAUAUGUGGUGUUUGCUAUUUUGCAUUUUAUUUGAUUUUAUCAGUUAAAUAUGAAAUUACUACUCUAGCCUCAUCCUUUUCCUCAGAAAUUUGUCGCUUCCUCUGCAACCUAAUCGCCGCACUUUGCUAUAACACAUGAUUGUCUUCGUUUUUUUUAGUUUUUUUCUGGCUGCUUAUAACAAGAAUCUUCCACGUUGAUAUGAUAAUUAUUUAGACCAAAACUUUGCAGAACUAUCAAAUCGAACAAACGCGGUUUGAGAUUUUAGGCGCCGAUUUCAAUAGUUCCACAGUUAACUCGGCAAAGAAUCGGUCCGCCGCCUAGCCACUCCGAUCAGCCCUUAGUCGCCACGGUCACCUUCCGAUCAGCGAUUAUCCGGCCGUAAACUCGGCAACUCGGGCGAGUUUUUGAACAGAGGAUAAAGGAUAUGAGGAGGAGAAGAGACAAACGUGACGUAGAAGAGACUCAAAAAAAACGAUAAAGAUAAGCACAUAGAGAAGUUUCUCGAGAGAGGCCAAAACAAAAACCGAAGACUUAACGCCAACACAAUGCAGUCAACGUGUUUCUUCAUGUGGACAGUCACGGAGUCACCUCACCUACUCACUCCCACACGCUCUACCUCUUGCGCUUGUUCUACACCCACGGUUUUCUUCUGCUCUUGUUGUCAUUUUCUUUUGUUUUAAUAUUAGAUCUUUUCUUUUCUUUUAUACGAGUAUAAAAUAUGUAUUUAGUCUAAAACUAAAUCAAACGUUUUUAUUCUAUUUUGUGUGCAUCAGCUGAAAUAUAAUAAAAGAACAUUCACUUGUAAAGAAUCCAAUCAUA